CUACGGGCAGAGGCUGCACGACAGGCACCACCCAAUCCACUGACUGAGAUUCCAGUUCGAAAGAUCCGUGGUUAUUUCCGCGUAUGGACCUACCUAACCAAGUCAGCAGUUGGUCCCCUGCAGGCGAGAUUACCAGUGUUUGCCAUCGGUGCCCGUCGCAACGGGAGAAAAAAAAAUCACGACGGCAAAGGCCAGUUCGGGGCCAGACGAGUCGACCAGGCCCGAAGCAGCCUAGCGCGGGCGAGCCCCUCGAGCGACGGAAAAUCGACCGUGAAAAAACCCCACCACGCGGUUGGGGAGGGAGAGGCGCCACGGAAUAUUAAUCUUCAAUUUUCCCCUCUUCCUUUCACUCUUCUCCUCUUCUCCGUCUCCCAUCUGCCUUCUGCUUUCUUUUCCCUGUCAUACCCUCCCCCCCCCUCCAUCCACCGUCAAAAUGCUUAUCUACCAGGACAUCAUCUCCGGAGACGAGGUUCUCUCCGACACCUUCAAGAUCGAGGAGGUCGACAAGGUCCUCUGGACUGUCGACUGCAAGAAGUACCUCAAGCGCGCUGGUGAGGACUUCGUCCUCGAGGGUGCCAACCCCUCCGCCGAGGGCGGUGAUGAGGAUGCCGGUGGUGAGGGUGAGGCCGUCAUGGUCCACGACAUCGAGGACCAGUUCCGUCUCAACUGGCUCAAGACCGAGGAGGGCCUGAAGCCCUCCAAGGAUGCCUUCAAGGGUCACCUCAAGACCUACAUGAAGAAGGUCCUCACCAAGCUCACUGAGAAGGGUGCCCCCGCCGAGAAGAUCGCUGAGUUCAAGGCCGGCGCCCCCGGUGCCGUCAAGAAGAUCCUUGCCAACUACGACAACUACGAUGUCCUGAUGGGCCAGUCCAUGGACGGUGAUGCUAUGCACAUCCUCAUCGACUUCCGCGAGGACGGUGUCACCCCCUACGCUACCCUCUGGAAGCACGGUCUUGAGGAGAUCAAGGUCUAAAUUCCUCCCAACAGUCUUGUGAAAGAAAUGUUGUCCUGAAUUGAAAAGAAAGAGAGAAUGGGAUGCCGGAAGAUCUGCGCGAUCCAUUAUCCUCCUGCGAGCGACAGCGAAAAAAACCAACCGGGUGCAAAAAUAGAGGAAUGGCCAUUCCUCUACCUCCCUCCUCUUCUCCACCCUUUCUGGCUAUUGCUAUAUUUCCUCUCCCCCCAACUACGACCUCGAUAUCUCUAUGCUUCACUCGCAACGUCGCAUUUCUGUCCCGUGUCCUUCUUAAUUAAAGUCACGCCUCAUGAAAUCCCAUAGCUGUUAACGUCCCUUUUCA